AUGAAUUAUCUUAUACUAUUCUACUUGGUUGUCUGUUUUGCUCAUUCGGAUGUCUGGAAUAUUAAAUUACCAUCCUAAGUCAAGUUACUAUAAAAGUUAAGAGAAAAACGUAAUGACAGAAAGCUUGAGGAUGUGAAAACUUAAUGGGAAUCAAUAAGAAUACAUUUUGAAUUCUUGGAAUCUCCACCUUCUGAAGUUUAAGAAUAAACUAAUACAGUACUAAAUAUCGUUAAGACAUUUUUUGGAAGAUUUAUCUUGGUUAAGAGACAAACUGGAAAUUUAGAAUGGAAAUCAAGCUAUGAAACUGAUUGGCAAAUACUGACUAUUCCUGCUUCACUCCAAAAAAGUUAUGAUGCUGACUUGGUAGAUAUCCAGAAUAUAAUUAGGUAUUCUUUGUGGGUUAAGAGGAUAAUCAAAACGUAGAAUACAUAGCAAGGGCAGCUCCUGUAAUCUUUGAUGAAACGACAGGAAGACCAAUUUUUGGAAUUAUGCAAAUGAACAAUUACUACAUGAAAGAAUUUUAGGUAUCAAAACAAUUACAAUUUAAAGGGAACAGAUGCAAAAUUUGAAGCUGCAGUUCAAGUGGUACUACAUGAAUCCAUUCAUGGUUUGGGAUUCACUGAUAAUCUCUAUACAAACUAUUAUAAUAGUUCGAGUAAUGAGAAAUACGACUUUACAGUUUAUUAAAGAGUGAAUUAGCAAAUUGAUUUGCCUACUCCAAGAUUGACUCAGUUAGCUGAGAAUCAUUUUGGAUGCUCUAAAGUAGUGGGAGGAACUGUAUUAAAUCUUAUUCAUAAUUAGAUGGAAGAUCAGAAGGGAGGAGGAACAGCAGGAUCACAUUUAGAGAGAUCAAUCUUCUAUAAUGAACUAAUGACAGGUGCAUUGAUGACUGGCAAUUCCCUCUUUACUGAAUUUACAUUUGGUCUUUUAGAAGAUACAGGGUAUAAAUAUGUAAUUUGACUUCAGAUUUUAUCGAGUGACCAAGCAUAUUUCAGAUAUACAAUUGUGGGGAAAGGAUAAGGGAUGCGAUUUUUAUAAGAAUUAAUGCUUUUCUGACUAAUAAUACAAAGAAUUCUGUACUGAUCCUUAUGAUGACACUGACCAAUCAGAUAAUCCAUUAAACCAUUUAUCCUGCUCUUAUACACACACUGGAAUAGGAAUUUGUAUGAAUGAUGGACUAGUAGAAUGUCCUUAUUAUUAUGUGAUUCCAGAUUUAGAUUGCAGAGAUGCAGCUAACUAUAAUUAGACCUUAUUUUCAGGAUCCAACUUUUAUUUUGGAUAUGAUAGUAUGUGCAUAGAAGGGGGUUUGGUAAGUGCAAUAAAACAAGCCAUUAACAUUGGAUUUAGUUGUUAUUAGUACUCUUGUGAUGAGAAUAAUUCAUUAACCAUCAUUGUUGAUGGAGUUAAAUAUGAUUGCAGUGUUGGAGGUUCAUCUCCAAGUUAUGACACUGAACAAUAUAAGUCAGGCAUUGUUUGUCCCGAUAAUCCAAUGGAAUUAUGCAAAUCAGCUAGCGAAUGCCCAAAUUAGUGUAAUAAAAAGGGAUUUUGUUUAGGAGGAGUGGUAAAUAUACUUAAAUUUUAAUAUUUUAGUGCACUUGUAUAGCUGGUUAUUCAGGAAGAGCAUGUGAAAAAAGUUGCACUACUUAUAGAGACGGUAUUGAAUGUGUUUAGAGUUGUUCAUCAAAUACAUUUGCAGAUGAAUCGACAAUGUAUUGUAUAGGUUGUCCUGCAAAUUGUGCCACUUGUUCAGCAAAGGAUGUAUGUACCGAGUGUGAGGAUACUUAUCUAUUGGUUGGAGGAUUUUGUUAACCUCUACCAACUUAUUCAUUAAUUUUAGUAACCAGCAUCAUAGCCUUAUUUUUAGCCUUAUGA